AUGGCCCCUGUUGCUGCCGUUCUUUGUGGCAGAGUGCCUCACCAUGUCGAGUAUAUGGUCAAAAACCUGUUGCCAAAGAUCGAAGUUGUUCUUGCUUGCACCACGGUCGAUGCCGCCGUGAUGGAGAUACCAGCCCUUCUCAAAGGCAGCGUGAGCGCGCCUUCUUCCGGACUCGGUACCAAUGCCGAAGGCUCCAACAGAUCGGACGUGGGCUUGAUCAUAGUAGGCGGGGGUUACUCGCCAGAGGAGUUCCAACGGAUCCGCGCCGCCGUUGAGGCUGUCAAGGCGGUGCCAUUUUUCGUCGCCGAUACCAGCAAGACCCCAGCUGGCGCAGGCCCUCCUUCGACAGAGGUCAUCAAGAAGAGAAUCAUGGAGAGCAUCGAGGCUGAGGAGAAAGGAGAGGGAGAGUGGGCUCCCGGGGUGUACAAGUUUUGA